CAUUCAAUCUCUCCAAUUCUCACAACCUCUCCACACACAAAGAACCAGUAAAGAAAAAACAAGAGGAUCUCAUUUAUCGAAUUGAAAUGGUGAGUCCCUUUUCGUCACCGAAGAGAUCAAGGAAAGAAAGCAAGAACCCUUAUUCAAAUCGCGGACUUGACAAGUUCUCAGCACUUCUCUCUGAGCUUGACGAGAAGAGACAGAGCAUUUACUCAAAGAGGCUCGACUCAGAUGGGCCGCAUCUUGUUCGGUUUGUGUUCAAAAGCUCCGGAGAGUGCGUCCCUGUCAUUAUCAAGACAAAGAAGGCGGGUAAGAAGAAGGAUGCUCAAGAUGAUUUCAAGGUCAAACCCGAAACAAAAACAGAGGAGGAAAAAGAAACAAAGAAAACAGAGUCAGAAACAGAGCAAAAUCAGAGUUGUAUAUUGAACGAGAAUCUGAAGAAGAUUUCAAGACCGAACCAUUUCUUGCCCGUGACAGCGAUAUUGGUCUUAAUCUUCUUGGUGUUCUUCGGACGAAUCGUCUCGAUCAUGUGCACUUGUAUCGUUUGGUAUUUGGUUCCAAUGAUUAAGGAACAGAGCAGAAACGGAGGAUCAACAUACGAGAUUAAUAAUAAGAAGAAGGAAUUGAAUAUCGAAAACAGAGCAUCGUUUAACCGGAGAACGGCUCGUGACCAAACUGUUCUUAAGGAUACAUUUCCGCAUCUGACUGCUCAUGUGAAAACCCGGUGACGAUAAUUAAAACUUUUUGUGUGUGUGUGUGUG